AAAUAUUACAAAAACGCCCACAGACUUCGCUAAUCAAAGCAAUAAAGUUUAGAAUUUAGCGCGCGCUUAUUUUCGAGUCUUCCGAUCUUCUCCUUCUUCUCCUUCGUCGCGAAGGAAAACAUAAAGUAUGGGGGGCUCCGCCGGUGCGACUUCUGCCGCCGUAUUGUUUGUUUUGGCUUUGAUCUCCGCCGCUUCUAUCGCCGCCGAUGUGGAAGCAAUCUCCGGAAGUAACGUGGAAAAUCGUCAAGUAAUAAAUAUCACUCCUGGAGUGCUGGUCGAAUCUGUUCCUUCGAAAGAUAUUGUACGCUGUGCACGUGUCAAUGUUUCUGGUCUAUCAAGACUGAAACUCGGGAGUUAUUCCAGUGCACAUAGGAUCACUUUGGUCCCAUCAGAUAACAUACAGGAGAGAUCCCACAAGAAAAUUCAAAUUUGUUUACACAGAAAUGCUUCACUUGGAUUGUGCAAAUCUGAGAAUGAUUGCUGGGAUGGUAUCCAUACUGGAAUCUGGAGCACUACAAUUUCCCCAUAUGAAGACAGAUUCAUUGAUGUGAAGUUUGUUGAUAACUUGUUUGGUUCAGUGACCAUCAGCACCGAAUUAGAGUUCCAUAGAUGGCGGUUAAUUUGUCUGGCUAUUGGUUUCGUUAUAUUGCUGCUGGCUCCAAUUAUUAGUAGCUGGGUUCCAUUUUACUACAGCAGCUCAAUGGCCAUUGGAGUUUGUCUUGUUGUCCUAAUUGUUCUCUUCCAGGGAAUGAAACUGUUGCCAACUGGCAGGAAAAGUGCUCUCUAUAGUACCAUUUGCGGUUUGGCACUUGGAGCAGGGUCCUUUUUGCUGAACAGAUUGUCUGUAUUUGUUAAUUCUGUUCUUGUCAACUUUGGGAUCAGCCAAGAGAUGCACAACCCUGUGCUUGUAUUUUUGCUAGUUGGAGUUGUUCUGGCUGGGGCUGCUUUUGGCUAUUGGCUUGUUCGGAAAUUUGUUGUUGCUGCUGAUGGAAGUGUGGAUGUUGGCGUAGCCCAAUUUGUGAAAUGGGCUUUACGUGUAGUAGCUGUGACUUUCAUUUUUCAGAGCUCACUUGAUAUUCCAAUGGCAAUGGGACUUCUGGUGUCACUUUUGGGGUUUUACUUUUCUCUCACUUCUUUGAACUGGCAUGGCUUCAGUGAUUCAACAUUUUCGACAGACUGGAGUCCUCCAAGAAGAAGAGGUGUAAGAAUAAGUAAGACUAAGCGUGCUGAAUUCCUGAGAAGGUCUGGAACCACAACUCCCCGAGGAAGUCUUUGGAAAAGCUACAAGGGUUCACCCACAUAUACAAAUUCCCCUGUGAAAGGUGUGGUGACUCCAUUGAGUUCCGUUGCUACGACUUCCCAGGACUACUACUCGACUUUCCACAGAACGCCCAACAAAAAGAAGUAUUCUCAGGAAGAAUGGAAGGAUUUCACAGAGCAAUCUACUCGGCAGGCUGUUGCAGAUUUGGCAUCGUCUCCCGAAUUCACUGAUUGGGUCGUGAAAAAUGCGGAUAGAAUACAGCUCCGGUCAACAGAGAGCAGCUCCGAUGAAUCUGUUGGAAGCGGGUCAGAUUCGACUGAGGACAAUAUUGCAGCGAGCAGCAUUGGCAGAGGCAGUUUAUCGUGGCGACGCCCUUGGUAGAUAGAGCAAGCACAUCGACUCAUUUUACAACCUUAACCUCAAGUUUGUGUAUAUGGUAGAGAUUGUCAUAUUUCUGGUAAAAUCUAACGUAGCAGAAAAUAUUAUCAGCACAAAUGUAUUCGAAAAUUAUGCAGGAGAAAUACAACUUAUUAAUUUUGUAAUAUUUCAAUUCUCUUUGUUAAUCAAAUGACUGCUGAUUUCUACUC